UCUGGCAACGAGGUUGUUUCGGGAUAUGGGACUUUGAUUUCGGUGUGAAUACAGCGCAUAAUAAAUUUCGAUUCGGAAACUCGUGUAUUAUGGCUUCCGCAACAAGUGCGUACCGGGCGCCGGUGUCGGUGACUGUUUUUUACUGUUUGUGUAUGGUGUUCUGUGUUAUCGCUUCUCCGACGAGAAGGCAAUUUGUCACUUAUACCGAAACGACUUCUUCGGAUCCCGCCGCGCUUGUGACAAACGAUGGAACGGUUUGGGAUGAUAGUGAUGAUUUCGUUUUAGCAGAUGACUGGUUGUCACACGCUUCACCCUCCCCAACGACAGACAACGACGAGUACGAGUACGAUGCGGAAGAGCAAGAUCCGCACCAAGAAGGUGUCCUCCUCGAUCACGGCGGCGUUCCCAUGCCUUACGAUGACGACGACGAGGAUGAUUCUGCUGAAGCCCAAAACAGACACGAUUCAGAAUUUCUGUUCGUGCCGUCCAGAGAUAACAGACUGCUGCUGGAAGAUGAUGACGGCCCUAUUAAGGUAAGACAUACUGGGAAGAAUUCUUAUUCCCGAGUAGCCACGGACGACGAUUCAGAAGAAGACAAAGACCAACAGUUCGAAUUCACCGUAGACGAUGAAAAUCAAAGUGAAGAAAAAGUAGAAGACAAUGAUGACAGCGACUUCGAUUUAGAAGAGGAAACGCCCCCUAAAAUUUCAGUAGAGGAAAACGACACUGUGGAAAUUCUCCCCAGCCAGGAAAUAGACGAUGACGACAACGAAGAUGAUGACGAGGAAGAGUUUGAAAAUGACCUAGAUGGGGAUGAUGAAAUGUUCGAAAAUCCCGAUGAGGAUGCAGCCCAGGUCAUUUAUGGUGAUCACGUGUUCCUGUAUUGAAGACAAUUUAUGUGUGUCAUCAAGUGCAAAUAUUUUAAUGUUUCUCAUAUGUGUUUCAUCUGAAUUCAUCAUUUUCUUAAAAUUUUUAAGCGAAACUAAGAUGUAAAAAGCAGCUAUUUCUUCAGAGGAAGAUUUGUGAUAGCUUGAGAUUACUGUCUUUAUAGUUUUCAUCUUUAUCCUAAGAUGUCUCGAUUUCGUUAAUUUAGUUCUUCUAAAUAAAAAAUAUUAUGCAUUUAUUGCUCAUAUACAGCGUAAUUGUUGUUUGACAAAUAAAAAAAGUUAUUUUCUCCUCAUAAAUUCAUUAUUUUUAAGCAAUGACGUAAUGUUUUUGUGUCCUAUUGCUGUUUCUGUGAUAGAAAUGUUUACUGUUAUACGGUUCAAAUUCUAUAAGAGACUGCUGGUCUGAGUUGCUGUGGAAAAUCAGUGAUAUCUAAAAUAGCUCGGCCACUAAGUUUAGUGUAGUGACAAAGGCGGGUGGCAGUGGUGGAUAAAGCUUCCUAAACAAAAACACAACAACACAAGCUCCCCUCAUAUGUUCCUCUUAUAUUAUUUUGGUAUUUUGUUUCAUUAUUUGAGGGUUGCUACUGCACAACAGCAAAACGUUUAGGUUAGAACUAUCCCUAAAACUUCAGAUAAGAAUUGAUAAUUUAAUAUGGACAAUUAUAAUGUACUCAUAUAAGUUCCAACAGAGCGAAAAUUUGCCACAGCAAAAGUUAUGUCAUAAUCGAUAAUUUAAUAACAUCGUGAUUUAGUUUAUAGUAUGCUGCAUAGUAGUGGUGCUCAUUGAGAAGAGAUAAAAGGUAGAGAGAGUGAAGCAAUCAAUUCUUGAAGUAAGGAACCCAAGUCACGUGAUAAAUUUUAAAUAACGUAUUGGAAGAAAACAGGUUUAUUUCCCUAGUUUCACGCUAAACGUAUCUCUCAUUCGUCGUGGUUUAACUAUGUGACAUGGGAUCUUUGGCUCAGCUUUUCCUAAGCCAAUGAAUGGUUUUGCGUCAUAUAGUUACUAAUUCUUGCUCUGAGGUGGCGCCCAAUAUUUUCCACCGGAGAGCUGCACGUCAUAUUUAGAUGAAUGUCUCGGGUUAGAACAAAAUAAUAAAAUUAAAACACAAUGUGAUCACCCUCCCCCCCCCCCCCCGAUAACAUAGGAAAAGGAAGGAAAAUUAAACCAAGAAUUGCUGCUAUCAUUAUCACAUGUUUUUUUUUUUAUCAAUGCGAAGUUUCCUUCUGUCUUUAAGAAACUGAUUUCGAUCAUUUGGCUCCAAAUUUGCAACAAUCAUUCCUAAUACCCAAUGAAGAUGAUCGGUUGAUUUAGAAGUUUCCAGAAUACAGUUUUCGAUUCGUAAUGUUAAACAUGACAAAUGGGAUACACAGGUCAGCUUCGCGGGCCGCAUAUUGCCCGUGAAUCGUAGGUUAGGCACUCCUGCUGUAAGGCGUAUCCAGGGCUGUCCAACACUUCUGUAAGCAGGGAUACCUGAGCUUGUGAAAAACAAUGAAGGGUGCUGUUAUUUGCUGUUUGCUCGACUGGGACACAAACACUACUUGCUGUUUCAGCAGAAUAAUGGGAACCUUGAGUGGUUUAACGCCUUGAGGACAGAAGGGUUCGCAUUCCCUUCCUUGCCCUGGAUAUAAUUUCGGACUUUUUCUCCAAAUAUUUAUCUUGUAUAUUUGCAAGGAACAUAAGUUACAAAUUGUGCUACACAAUGGGUUGAAAGAACGCAAUGUUGGACAGCUCUGCCAUAACCAAUUCUCACCACAUAUGCAUAACUGCCAACUUGGCUGAUCCUAUAAGUGAAGGAGUCACGAUUCCCCAUAAUUUUGAUUCCUUCUCCCGAAUUCCCUUAUACAAAAUCAUUCUCUGGAAUUUUUAUCAAAAGAAUUUCUAUGAGAAUAAAAAAAGGCCUUUUGUUUAAGUAGGGUUUCUGGGGGCAGGAGGGUCGUACAGUCAUACAGCAUUCAUAAAUUCUUUUUUGGGGAAAUUCUUCUCAAAAAUGAUUUUAAGUGUUGAAAAUUAAGUGCUCAUACAGGGAAAUGGAAAUUGCUUCUACAUUGUUAAAUAUGAAAGUAGAUUUUCUGGUCUAUUUUUAUCCUAUUUCUUGUAACGACUUUUUUUUUUAUAACCGUUAGGGUAAAUGUUUUUUAAACAUAUUAGCAAUUUUCCUAAUUUUAAAAAUUCGUGCUUAAUUUCUGAAAAAUCACCAAAGUUUAAAAAACAGUGCUGUGAAAGUUAUUUAUGCAAAAAUAUCCCAUAUUUAUACUCUCCAAUGUCGGCAGUUAUGCAUUUGAUUUAUUUGGAAAUACUUGAAGUGUCUUUUUUUUUCUUUGUGAAAUAAUAUUAACUUUUUCUGGUGAUCUUGUUUGCAAAAUUGUCGCUCUCAUUUGAAAACGUAUUUACGUUUAAUGAUUUUUUACAUCAAAUAUUUCAUUCAUUUAUAGAUCUGUAACAAAUAGCAAAUCAUGUACUGAGAAAAGUUGUUUAUAUCAUACUUGGAAUUCAAGUCACAUCAUUGUACAUAUCGUUUUCUCAAUAAAAGUUCGUUUUGUAGUGUG